AGUCAGUGCGUGCGUUCAUGCGCCAGACUCCCGUCCACCUGAUCCGCACACCCUACCCGGUCACAUCGCACUCGUGACUCUUGGUGCUCACGCUUGUCAUUGAAGCACCGCCUCACCAUCCCGGCAUCCGUCAACCCUUUUCAGUCUUGCGCACGCUUUUCGGCGAGGAACAGAAGAGACUUCGAAUUCUUCGCACAAGCAGGGACAUCGCAAUGGCGUCCUGCAACGAAGAAGCAACGCUACAAGAGCUGGUACAUGCUCAAGGCGCGCAGGCUUCCUCUUCAGACGACACCAAAUCCCUCUUCCCACAGAUUCACCUCGAUCAGGUAUGGGGAUUGAACAUAGAGCCACCCGAAAGCGCAAAGAAAUGCGUCAAGCCUUGGCACGAGAGAGAAGAUACGGAGAGAUUCACAGAAAGUGGCGUGGAUGAUCAGUUCAUCAUCACCAUCCCAUUCACCUGCCCAGUCCGAGUCAAAUCCAUACUUCUGAAUCCAGGAAGAGGUGAUUUCGCGCCGAGGCGUAUCCGGGCCUACGUCAACAGACCGGACGGUGUAGAUUUUGAAGAGGUGCAGAACUCCUCUGCUGCCACAGCGCCUGAUGCACCAGCGAGAGAAAGGGCAGCUCUAGGACCUGUAGGCUCAGGCAAACCUCAGGCCGAUUUUGCGCUCAGGGAGGGAGAGACGGGCGUGAGCGAGUAUCCGGUCAGCGCUGCCCGCUUCAGCAACGUCAAUUCCAUCAGCUUCGUCCUGUCCGAUUCAACUGCAGGCGAUAUCUCGAGACUCUUCUAUUUGGGCCUCAGAGGCACGGCAUUGGAGAUGAAACAAGAUCAAGGCAACCACUUUGAUGUUCCGGCUGCAAACGCAGCUGAUCGACCCGUCGAUGGUGUGAGGGAGAGAGCUGCCGGUGCGCAACAAGGAAGCGCCAGAUGAUGAUGAUGAUUCACCUUGCGCCGCGCGGGCAAUUUCUCAUCGAUGCUCAGCUCUUGGAGUACGCGUACAAAAUUACAUGUAUAGAUUCCCUUUGUACAUUACUCAGCCCUCCCCAUCGUUUCUGUACGCGCGCCGCGGCAAUGGCAU